AUGCCACAUGGAUUAGUUGUCUCUGUUAUAUAUGUCGUUCUUCACAUGAUAGUAUGGGGUUCGAUUGAUUACUUCUGUCUCCACUCUGCUCCAGAUAUGCGGAAUUACAUCAGAGCCUCAUUCAAAGAACUUUACAAUGAAAACAUUGAUAAUAUUAAUUUUGUCGCAGGAAUGUUCUCAGACACUUCUGACGAGAUAAUUCUACGAUCAUGGGCUGGAAUAAUCUCAUUAACAGGAAUUGGCCUAUACUCUAUUGUCCUGUACUUUGUGUUGGGUUACAAGAUUGUCUCUGGUCUAAAUAGUGAAUUUGUUAUGAUGAGUAAGAAAACUGCUCAAAUGCAAAAACAGCUAUUCAAAGCAUUGGCCAUCCAAACAGUCAUCCCAAUUUGUGUCAGUUUUAUUCCUUGUUCGUUCACUUUUUAUGGUGCUGCACUGAGGAUUGACAUAAAGAACUGGAUAUAUUGGAUAUCAGCAAUUGCAAUUUCAAUGUUUCCCUGUUUAGAUCCAUUGGCUAUCAUAUUUUUCUUACCUGCUCUCCGUCAACAUCUUCUGAAACCUUUCUGUAAAGGAAGACAUUUGAUUUCUGCUGUAACUAAUCAAUAUUCACUUUGA